AUGCAGUGGAACGCCCCCGAUCUUGCAGAGAAAGGCUUCGUAUAUGUCAAGAAAGCUGCUGAAGACGGCGACUUCCCACCGCAUGUGGACAGCGUUCGCAAGUCCCUUCUUGAUUUCUCGUGGCCGUUGCUUGAUGCGCCAGGUUUCCAAACCUCUUCUUCCUUAGCAAACUACAUGGCGUGGAGCGAAAAGCCCAAUCACCCGCUGCUGCAAACAACACGCAUUGUCCAGCAAAAAGCAAUUGACCUGAGUGCUCCUGGCUGUGCAGAACCGCGCUGGUCAAGUUUCUAUGAAGAGGGUUUCUUUGAUCGUCUAGCUUUGCGCACGGUCUCUGUAGAAGACAAAUCUAGAAUAUCACACCGAAGUCAUUUCUACUACGACGCGAUUGUGGCAGAAAAAGGUCUCACAUGGGAAGCCUUUAACAGCCGCGAGGCACGAAAACACUUCACGAGAAAAUUCUUGCAGCGACAGCUGGCCAAGUAUGAUGCGCCAUUGGUUGACCAAGCUCACAUCCCGCCAAUUCCCACCAUAACAGCGGUUGGUGCACUAGUCACGGUUUGGAUCGCAUACUAUAAAAAAGAUAGUACCUUGUCGAAGACGAAGACGCACCAUGAUGCCUAUGUAAUGCGAGCUAUUUGGGAAGGCGACAUGAAGGUUGCCAAGGACAUCAUUGAGCUCUACAUGUUGGUGGACAAUAUUCACACCUGGGCAGUGCGUGUCUUCAAGCCCAGCGUCGCGUUGCAUCUCAAUCAGUGGAAAGACGUGUUUUCUCAGGAGAAUGGGCCUGCCGGUUCUUUCCAUGCACAACCUUACAUCGAACGCUACCGAGAAAUGGUGCCGAGGGUCAAUGGACUCUGGAAAGAAUUUAAAGAGAUGGAGUUUGAAUCAAACAACUUUGGCAACCUGAUCAGCCCCGUUCAUUUCAGUUUACUUUUACAGCAGAUGGUGGUAUCGGACCAUGACAAGCUGCUGGAGAGAAUGGAGAGUCUGGUGGAAAGCAAGAUUCAGAAUCUAUGCGCAUGCAAAUGUUCCCAUGGGAGCACUGAAAAAGAAAGGAGUAUGCAUCAAGUUAUGCCAGAUGCGCCUACGUGGAAUUCUCAAAGAGCUGGCCAGGGCACGAAAUCGGGUACAGCUUCAGACUCGGAUAGUUCUAGAAGCGAUGCGGACAAGCUUGGCACAGACACCACAGAAACCUCACAAGCUACAUCUAGCCCACAAGACUCGAGUAUGAGUCCCAGCUUGAAUCGGCCAGAAGCUCUAGCUGCAAGCGCCUCGGCAGUGAAAACACCUACUCAAAGCAUUGCAUCACCCACGCCGUCAACUCGCGGUCUACACAGCCAGUCGCCCAGUUCCUGUCAUUCUUGGGACACAGCUGUCGAAAAUCCCGAACAAGAACCCGACGGAGAUGAUGCUGUCGCCGAAGCUCAGCGCCUUGACGCUCAAAAAGAGGAAGCUUCCGUAACGCCAUGUACUUCAUUCAUACUUCUUAGUGCAUCUGGCAGCUCUAGCAGCGCCGCUCAGGAAGGCUCACUGGACGACAGCCUCACUACUUGCAAGACUAGCGGCAGAGCUGCUUUGGACGGUAACGCGCCGCCCAAAGUUGUCGCUGGUGAUUUUGCCUACAGGCCAAAGGCGAUGCCAAGACGACGACUUGGAGAUCCAGGCGGUAAGCCGCUCGCAACUUUGUUUGGUGCCGAUGCCACUGCUCACGCGGCUCUAACCGGCAAAUGGCUCUCGGACAAGUUUGUAUUUGGCGACGCAGGGAGUCGUACGCCGGCCAAGGUUGGCUUUACUGUUUCCAGCAAGCGCUGGCCACCGGGCGCCUUUUUCCCGGAUAUUGUCGUCAAAGAUGCAACUGGAGAUGAAGGCGGCGGCUCAGAUGAGGGGGCAACUGCUGGUGAAGCCGACUCGAACAAGAGGCCAACUGUUGGUGAGGCCAGCUCCAGCAAAUAG